AUGCCUAAACGUAGUCAGAGAGAGGGUCUUUGGACCAGGGCCAUGAGCAACUCUCACAGCCCAUGGUGGGGGUUUUUACCAGUAGUCAUAAGAAGAAUGGAACGGUCGCUGGUUUUCAUCCCAAGUAUAUCCAGCUAUCUGACGCAGUCGCUCGUAUAUUCGAGGCGGAGGAUCGAGAAGGUCGUCGGUAACGAGCGGAGCACUGUCCAUGAUGGAGCGCAUACGGCGGCGCGCCGCGAGGGCGAAUCAGUCGGUGCCGGUAGCAGAGCGAGAAGGCUACGGGAAGCGAGCGUUGGUAUUCAAUCAAGAUCCGGUCGGCGUCUGGGGAAUGGGGAUUCAGGAGGGCAACACAAGUGCACCGUGACCGCCGAGCACAAGCAGAGGCAGAGGCAGAGGCAGAGGCAGAGGCAGAGGUAG